UGAUAUUUUACUACUUCAGAUGAUUCUGAAGCCUCCGUGCUUUUUCCGGCACGGGUAGCAAACAUCUUAGUGUAAGAAAUAAUUUCGUGAAAAUUUUAGUUCAUAUAUCGCCUUAAUAAAAGCUUGAAUGCACCAAAGGAUAUUGCACUAUAAAUACUCUUAUACGAAACAUUACAGUGUUCCAAGUUUAAAUAGAAACAAAUAAUAAUUGUAACAAUACACUCAAAACGCGUUGUAAUACAUGUACACGUUGUAACAAUAGUGAUCGCAGCGCCUAUAAUACACGUUAAUUUAUUUCUAAUGCAGCGAACCGCUAUUAUCAAUGCUGACAACAUAAUACAUAUUUUAUAAAAUUACCCUACAACCUAUAAAGAUUAAUUAAAUGUUGUAAUACCAUAGCAGUAUUGUUCAUUAUUCUUUUAAGUUGCAUGUGACGUGUGUCUUAAUCAUUUAUAUAAAAUUCUUUUUAUAAGAAAUUAUUAUUAUAUGGAAAUGAUGUAAAGAGUGAAGAACAAAUACAUUCAACAUACAGAAAUGAUAUAUUUGUUGUAAAAAUUCAUCUGGCAAAAGAUAUAUACGCUAAUUCUUUAAUAAAAUUCAUUAAUUACAUGUAAAAAUGUGUCUAAAUAUUGAUAAAAGUUUAUUGUUCUGUUUAUUUACUCCAGUGCUGCCAAGUAUUUCAUUUUGUACACAUAUAUCUCAUAAUAGCUUUUAAGCCUUCAGCGGUGAAUUCAUUCUAUUUGAAGAGAUGGACCAAAAAUUUAAUUAUUGGGAAAAUAUUUUACAAUAUAUGAGAAAAAAUGUAUAUGUUACUUUAAAAUAGCUUCAUUUUAUGAAGUUGGUAUUUAAAGUAUUUUAUAUGUAAAAUUUAUUUAUUAAAUUUUUAAAUAUUUUGCUUGACUUACUUGUUAGAGUGAAUUUUACAUGUAUCACAAGAUCAUGGAUUCAUUCCCUGCACCAAGGUAUGAAACAAAGAUUGAAUCUUUUGACACAUGUAUGAUCGAUGCUACAAAUCAACAACGAGAAAUAUCACAAACAGUGAACGAACAAAGUUCUUCUCAAAGUAUUGAAGUAGAAAAUCAAGAAAAUCAUGAAACUCCUACGUUGCAUCAACAACAGCAAGAUUCACAACAACAACAACAACAUCAAGAUCAACCUAAUCAGAUUUCACAGAUUCAAUCAAAUACUCAACAGAGCAUGACACUUACUCCAAUACGAUUACCAGCUAUUCUUGACGGAGAAUUUUUUACAGUAAUUAGAGUAGAAGAUACCAAUGUUACUGUACGAUGUUUACAGUGCCAAAAACACUUAAAUGGAAAUUUAAAGUCCACAGGAAAUUUUUUAAGCCACAUUAAAAGGGUACACCCAUUUAUGGUUGAUAAAAUUAAAUGUAAAUCAAAUCAAAGGAAACCUGCAAUGGUAUAUAUAGACUUGUCAGCUGAUAAGUGUCCAGAACUGGUUAAAACAAAACGAGGAUAUAGAAAAUGUUACAAAACUGAGUAUCAACCAGGGAAUGACGAAACUUAUGAUCAGACAAAUGAAUGGACAGAAUCUCCAUUAAGUCGAAGACGUAAAUCUGAAGAAGGUGAAUCUACUGAUCUUUUAAAAAUAUCACAUAACAACUCAUUCGUAAUGGAAGAUGAGUUUGAUGCAAUUGGACGAAAUGUAGCAGCAAAACUUAGAAAUAUGAGAUUAGACCAAAGAAUUAUAGCUGAGAAAUUAUUAAGUGACAUUCUGUUUGAAGCACAAUUGGGAAAUCUUCACAGAGAUUCUAAUAUACAUGUAUGAGAUAUGCAAUAAUUAUGCCCAAAGAAUACUUACAUGUAAAUGAAUGAUGUAAAUCAAAUUGAGUGAGGAAGUAUUAAGGGACAUAUAUUUUGAAACAAAUCAAAUUUAGUAAUACUUCUUUAUUAAUCAUAUUAUUAUAUCACCUAAAGUGGUAAUAAUUUCAAGUGAUUUUCCUGCUAAGAUUAAGUAGUGAAAUAUUAUCUUUUAGUUUUCUUUAUGAACAUAGUAUUAUACUCAAACAUUAUUACAAGAUAAGUAUUUCAAUUAUUAAAUGUAUAAAAAGUUUUCAAAACUAAAAACACAAAUUGAAAUAUAUACAUAUAUAUUCUUUAUACUUUAAUACUUAUAAGUAUCCAUAUAGAUAUAUAGAAUUAUCUUUGUAUAUAAAUGCAUAGUACUGUAAAUAUUACUGUACAAAUAUAAAAUUCGCAGAUUAGACCAAUGCUGCCGAAUAUACUAUUUGUAAAACUUUUUUAAAUCAAUCAUUUUCUAUAAAUAUUACAUAAACUAGUUACCUGUAAUUUAUAGUAUUAUACGAUAAAUACAUUUACAUUUUUAACAUAUUAUCUAAUAAUAGGUAUCAGUCCUUAAUGUUUUUAAUUUUACAUUACAAAAACACAAUUGUAAUUUUAAUUGCAUUAACUAUUUUAUCAUUGUUGUUAAACAAUUAAUGUAUCUUUAUAUACAGACUGAAACUGAAUAGAACUAAUAUAAAUAUGAAAAAUGAUAAUGUUAAUGCAAUUGAAAAAGAGAUUAAAGCAUUUUUAAAAUCACAAGUCAAUGAACUUUUUUACUGUAAAGUAAUAUCAAUUGUUUGUCAACUGAUGUAUAUUCUAUGCUUCUUUGGCUUAAGUAGAAUGUAAUAAAAUAGUGUUGAUAAAAUACAGAGCGCCAUACUUACAAAAAUUACAUAAAAUGUAUAAAAAUACCAAAACCCAUCCCAGUCUGCACAGAAGUACCAAGCUAAUGUUAGAAGCGUAUUCUGCAGUAUUACAAAGACAUAGUAUGGUAACAGCCAUUUAUCUGCAUAUUUAAAUUUAAUUUUAUACUCAAUCAAACUCACUAUAUAAAUUAAUCCUAACCAUAAAUUAACAAAAAAUGUAAUAAUAUCA